AUGAAAGCAACAAUGGGCGAUCACAUAGCGAAGGGACAGGAACUCGCCAAGAAAGCGGAGAACAAGCUCCACGCUUGUUGCCCUUUGUUCGGUUCCAACUUCGAAGAAGCGGCUCAGUUGUUCCACAAAUCCGCCACUUCCUUCAAACUCGCCAAAUCAUGGGACAAGGCGGGCUCACUCUUCGUCAAAUCUUCUAAAUGUCACAUGAAGGUAGAUAACAAUUAUGAUGCUGCAAAUGCUUAUGUUGAUGCUGCUCAUUGCUACAAGAAAACUUCAUCAGCAGGAGCUAUUUCCUGCUUAAAUAAAGCAGUGACUAUCUUCACAGAGAUUGGUAGGCACAUCAUGGCUGCUAAGUAUUCGAAGGAAAUUGGCGAGUUAUAUGAGCUCGAUCAAGACAUAGAGCAUGCUAGAUUGCAUUAUGAGAAGGCUGCUGAAUUUUUUGAAAUUGGGGAUGCAGCAACCUCUGUCAUCCAGUGCAAGAUUAAAGUUGCACAGUUUUGUGCCCAACUUCAACAAUAUCAGAAGGCAAUUAAGAUUUAUGAAGAUAUUGCACGACAAUCACUGCAUAGCAACAUGUUGAAAUAUGGAGUUAGAGGACAUCUUCUUAAUUCUGGCCUUUGUCAGCUUGUUCAAGGGGAUUUUAUUGCAAUUUCUAACGCUUUAGAGCGCUAUCAGGACUUGGAUCCGACAUUCUCCAGAACCCGUGAAUACAAAUUUUUGGCUGAUUUGGCUGCUUCAAUUGACGAGGAAGAUGUUGAAAAAUUUACUAGAGUAGUCAAUGCGUUUCAUGGCAUAACCCCAUUGGAUUCUUGGAAAUCAGCCCUUUUGUUGAGAGUAAAGGAUGCUUUGAAAGAAAAAGAGAUGGAAGAGGAUGAUUUGACCUGA